CCAAAAGACAAGACACUUCUACGUGAUACAUCCACGGUCAAAACACAGCCGCACAAAUCUGACGAAUUAUUAAAGACUAAACCACAUCUACCCGAUACAGACAGAAUACAUUCACACAAAUCUGAUGACAAAAUUGAGGAUUUGCCAAAAGUUAAAGAUAAAUCAUCGCGUCGUCAAUCUGACGAAGAAAUCGAGGAUAUUUCGUCGAAGCGGAAGGAACGUGAAGAUAGAUCACACAAAAAUAACGAGGACGUAUGGGCACCGAAAUCUAUCGAGCGCGAACAGAAUUCCGUCACAAUCGAUAAGAACGUUUCUCUACCUAGCACUAAACCACAAACGCAUGAAUCCGACGAUGACAUUGAGGAUAUUUGGGCUUCGACAGCCGAGGAUGAUGCGCCGAAACCUAUCAAAAUAUUGGAGGAUUCGCGGAAUUCCAGAGUUACAUUGCAUAAGAACGGUGACAAAGACGAGGAGCAGAAACCUGCAUCUGCACUUAAACCUGUAUCCAAACCUAGAGGCAGCAUAAGCAAAGAACCCACGGAGAGCGAUAUACCCGAACACAAAAUAGACGAGAAUAAAUUCAAAAAGAGCAAAGACACUGAUUCUACACUUGACAAGGAGGAAGUGCCCAAGAAAAAACCAUCCACUAGACGUAGAUCGUCCACUAAAUCAACGGAAGGAUCUGAG